ACAGACACGCCCGCUCGCCCGGCCCCGGAGAGCCAGCGAGGCCGAUGCCGAGACGCCGCGGGUGUUUCUGCUGUGCCAGGGGCCUGCGAAUGGAUUUGCCAUGGUGACAUGAAAAAGGCAGGGGGGAUACCCGACAGCCAGCGGGAGAGCCUGCCCAUGCACACGCAGCCUGCCAGUAUUUAACGUGUUCCUGGGUGUUCCUGUGAAGGGGGCUGAGAACACGAGGGGGGGGUGGGGUGGGGGGAGGGGGGAACCUAACCUGGCUUCUCGGAGGCCAGGAUGACGGUGCUGGGGAGGCUCCGCAGGGGUUUCCGACAGGUGUCCCCCCAGGUAGUGCUGCUCCUGCUCUUUGCCUUCUGCCUGCUCAGUGUUUUCAUCUCUGCGUAUUAUUUAUAUGGGUGGAAAAGGGGCCUGGAGCCCUCCGGGGACGUCCCGGGCCCGGACUGCGACGAACCCAAGAUCGCUCCUUCCCGCCUGCUCCCCUUGAAGGCCCUCAAGGUGGCCGACUCCUCCCGCACAGACCCCUUGGUGCUGGUGUUCGUGGAGAGCCUGUACUCUCAGCUGGGCCAGGAGAUCAUCGCCAUCUUGGAAUCCAGCCGCUUCAAGUACCGGACGGAGAUCGCCCCCGGCAAGGGGGACAUGCCCACCCUGACCGACAAGGACCGGGGCCGCUUCGCGCUCAUCAUUUACGAGAACAUCCUCAAGUAUGUGAAUCUGGACGCCUGGAACCGGGAGCUCCUGGACAAGUACUGCGUGGAGUACGGCGUGGGGAUCAUCGGCUUCUUCAAGGCCAACGAGAACAGCCAGCUCCGUGUGCCAACGAGAACAGCUUGGCGCCCCAGCGAGGUGGAGAAGGGCCUGCUGCCGGGGGAGGACUGGACCGUCUUCCAGUCCAACCACUCCACCUACGAGCCGGUCCUCCUGGCCAAGACCAAGUCGGCCGAGUCCAUCCCGCACCUGAGCGUGGAUGCCGCGCUGCACACCACCGUGGUGCAGGACCUGGGCCUGCACGACGGCAUCCAGCGCGUGCUCUUCGGGAACAACCUCAGCUUCUGGCUGCACAAGCUGGUCUUCGUGGACGCCGUCUCCUUCCUGACCGGCAAGAGGCUCUCCCUGCCCCUGGACCGCUACCUCCUGGUGGACAUCGACGACAUCUUCGUGGGCAAGGAGGGCACUCGCAUGAAGGUGGAAGACGUAAAGGCUCUGUUUGACACGCAGAACGAGCUGCGCACCCACAUCCCCAACUUCACCUUCAACCUCGGAUACUCAGGGAAAUUCUUCCACACAGGCACGGAUGCUGAAGACGAAGGAGACGACCUGUUGCUGUCUUACGUCAAGGAGUUCUGGUGGUUCCCCCACAUGUGGAGUCACAUGCAGCCUCACCUCUUCCACAACCAGUCGGUGCUUGCCGAGCAAAUGACCAUGAACAAGAAAUUCGCUGUCGAGCAUGGCAUCCCCACCGACAUGGGGUACGCCGUGGCGCCCCACCACUCCGGCGUGUACCCUGUCCACGUGCAGCUAUACGAAGCGUGGAAGCAGGUUUGGGCCAUCAGAGUCACCAGCACGGAGGAGUACCCCCACCUGAAACCAGCCCGCUACCGACGGGGCUUUAUCCACAAUGGGAUCAGGGGGGGGGAUGAUCCUGGGCGGAGCAGAGGCGGGGCUUUGGGAAGGAGUGGGGCAGAGGUGGGGUGUGGUAGAGCAGCAGCAGGGCCAGCACGGGGUUGCCCUGCGCCUGGGGCACUGGAGGGGGUUGCCCCAGACCUGUGCCCCCCUCGGUUCGGCCCUGCCCAACAUCCACGCGAACAGGGAGCCUUCACUGUCUUAAAAGCUUAUGGGGCAUCGAGGCCUCUCCUCCCAGCUCCCCCCUUGCCCUUCCUCGAGCCGCCUCUCACUCCCGUGUUGCAGGACCCCUGUGAGGACAAGCGGCACAAGGACAUCUGGUCCAAAGAGAAGACCUGUGACCGGUUCCCAAAGCUUCUCAUCAUUGGCCCUCAGAAGACAGGGACGACGGCCCUCUACCUGUUCCUGGGCAUGCACCCGGACCUGAGCAGCAACUACCCCAGCUCGGAGACCUUUGAGGAGAUCCAGUUCUUCAACGGACACAACUAUCACAAGGGCAUUGACUGGUACAUGGAAUUCUUCCCCAUCCCCUCCAACACCACCUCGGACCUGUACUUUGAGAAGAGCGCCAAUUACUUCGACUCGGAGGUGGCCCCCCGGCGGGCAGCCGCACUGCUCUCCAAGGCCAAGGUCAUCACCAUCCUCAUCAACCCGGCGGACCGGGCCUACUCCUGGUACCAGCACCAGCGAGCUCACGACGAUCCCGUCGCACUGAAAUACACCUUCCACGAGGUGAUCACGGCCAGGCCCGAGGCGCCGCAGAAGCUCCGCAUGCUGCAGAACCGCUGCCUGGUGCCGGGCUGGUACGCCACCCACAUCGAGCGCUGGCUGGAUCCCGGGGUGGAGAUGAUCAGUGGCUGCUCCUCUCGGAUCCGUGGCAUUGAACGGCAGCACCGCUCCUCCCGCCACCCCCCGCUCAGCUCCCCUUUAUUCUUACAGAUCCUCGUCCUGGAUGGCAAGCUGCUCCGAACAGAGCCAGCCAAAGUGAUGGAAACAGUCCAGAAAUUCCUUGGCGUGACGAACUUCAUAGAUUACCAUAAAACCCUGGCGUUUGAUCCAAAGAAAGGAUUCUGGUGCCAACUCUUGGAGGGAGGGAAAACCAAGUGCUUGGGGAAAAGCAAAGGGCGGAAGUAUCCAGAGAUGGAUUCAGAUUCACGCGCCUUCCUGAGGGAUUAUUACCGGGACCACAAUAUAGAGCUUUCCAAGCUGCUGUACAAAAUGGGUCAGACUCUGCCAACGUGGCUGCGGGAGGAACUCCAGAACGCUAGGUAGCUGCUGCUGUCGCCUUAUUGAGCAAUAGUGAGGUGAGCCCACGAAGAAGAUCCCAAAUCUAACACCGAGCCAAACAGACGGGAGCAGGCGAGAGAGGCCACCGGGGCAAAGCAUUUCUGAGCAAUAUUCAGCCAAGGUCUUUGAGGGAAAAUGCAUGAGGACCCAUGUGGUCAUCAGUGUGGCGUAUGGGAGCCAACUGUCUCUUCUGAGGGCCCUUCAAGUUGUGCAACUGCCUGACUCUGCCAACCCAGCGCGGAUUCCCCAACAGCGGUCAUCUUCUGAGGUCCUUGUCAGUGAUGUCACUUCCUGGGUUGUGAUGUCACUUCCGGACGGGGGGAGGGGCUUCCCUGAAGAUUCCCUGCUUCUCCACACUUGGACGGGACUAGCUUCUCCGUGUCUGAGACAGUAUUACAGCAGUUCUGAGACUCUCCUCAUCAAAUAAUGGACCUCGAGGUGUGGACGACUCUUUGCAAAGCUGGCUUGGAGAACAAGAGCGUGAUGUGCUGUUUGAGGUCAGAGGCCCGAAGGGGCCGGUCAGAUGCACCGACCCAGGUCUGCAAUCCAGUUACCAACCAAGUGAAGGGAGACGGCGUAAAGGAAUGGCGCGUCCUGGCUUCCCGCACGACCUAGCAUUAAACGCUGGAAGAGAUCUCUUGGUUUUUUCAAGAAGACUUUAAGACUUGGCAAUAUUUAGUUUGUCACCAAUGAAUUUUUCUUCCCCACCCUUGUAUUUUAUUUUAUUUUAUUUUAUUGAAGGGUGGGAGCUUCACAUCUCUAUCCCAUCUGGCAAGAGAACUGAACUGAGAAAUGGUUACAAAGGGAAAAAAAACAAACCCUGCCCCACCUUCCCGCAUAGCAACAUUUUAUAUGCGUGGUGUUUUCUGUGGUAAAAGGCUGAGGUCCAAUAGCCCGGUCCGUGGAACAUGCUUCGACAUACGAGCCUCCGGCUCAGAAGGGGGCAGACUUUGGGCAGGGCAGACAUUGGACUAACAGCGGCCAAAAGGAUUCUGAGCACGUUGGACCUCUCAGAUACUAAACGCUAAAGUAUUUUAAUAAUUUGUCCUUGUUUUUCUGGUGCCAGAGUUUGUAUCUGAGAUACGAGGGUUUUAUUUUGUCUCGCUCACUGUUACACGUGAAGGAGCGGGCCGGUGCGGUUGGCUGGUCUCUCUACUGACCAGUCACAAACCCUUUUUUUUUUUUUUUUUUCUGACGACGGGAUAAGUACCUUGCUGCUUCAUCUCUGGCUCUCUGUUCUUUUCACUGCCAGUGUUUCAGUAUUGAGGUUUCCUGCAAGUUUCUGCCAACCCCCCUCUCCUCACUGUUCUGGUGUCCGGGGAGCUGGCAGCAGAGCUAAAGAUGAGCUUUUGCCCUCAGUUCCUUGGUGGAGGUGUCCCCUAAGCAGAACGGGGGUGUAUCGCUCACUCAGGAGUGGAGGAGGCCCAGCGUCGGGCCAAUGGAAGACUCGUUUGGCCAGUGGUGUUGGCGGAGUGAGCCGCUUGCCUGGUGGGUGUAAUGGUGUGGGGGAGGAGGAGAGGAAGUUCUUUUACCUCACUGCUCCGCAGCGGUUGGGCAGAGAGAACGGGGCAGCCGAGGCAGGUGAAGGGGCAGCCACCCCAGGCAGUACGAACACGAGGAACGAAGACGGGCAUGCCAGUGUCUCAAGGUGCAGGAAUCAAGGGCUCAUGCAGGGUUCUUGGGCCUGCGACUUCUAGGAGCUAAGCACUGCCUAAGAUUAAUUCAUCGGGGAUCCCCCCCACCUCCCUACACUGGACGUCACAGCAUUCGCCACUGGGCAAAUUCACAAGGAAGAGGGUCUAGCAAGGAGAUUGGGGGAGGGGAAAGCAAGGAAGGUUCCCCUACAGGCCCUCAGGCUGUUCCGCGUGUCCGUGUCGUCUUCCUCUCGUGGGGCCUCGCUGGAAUGGCGGGGAGUGAGCGAUCCACACAGGCCUGCUCCCUGGGCGCGCCAGUGGUCUUGCGUUGUCCUCUGCCAUCGGCUAGGCUCUGAGGGUCUUAGUCUGCCCCAUCCUGGGACGGCACGUCCCUGCUGCUGCAUCCCCUCCGGCGCGUGCAGUAACGCAAAGCCGCCGCCUCUCCUCAGACGCUCCCCUCCCCCGGGAGAAGUCAGGGGCCCUGUUCAGUGACUGUAUUAUACGGGUGCGUGUUGGUCCCAGGGCGUGAGAGGGAGAAGGUGGGUGAGGUGAUAGCUUUUACAGGGCCAGCUCCUGUUGGGGGAGGAGGGAGAGACAUGUUCAAGGUGACACAGAUGUCCCUUGUUUCGGUGUUAGACGUGCAGCGGCUGUUCCUUCACCCCGCGGCCAGGCCACGCUGGGUACGUCUGUGCUGGAGCUGAUGGUGAGCUAGAACCUGAGAGGUGGCUGGGGCGGGAUGGGCUGAAUUGUCUCCCACCCAGGCCCUAGGGGGCUACACCUGCGGCUCCUCUUGGUAGCAGGCUAGGAGAGCUCUCGUGAGCGCGUCUGCGUGAGCUGGAAUUACACCUUCAGCUCCCGUGGAGACGUGCCCUUCGAAUGACCAGAGUAGGAGCUGGGGCAGCCCAGGGUUGGCCGUUGCUUCGGGUGACGGUGAAAGGCCACGUGUAUCUUCCGCAGCCGGUUGCCGUUUCCUCCCCCAGCUGCCGGGGCCGUGAUACGGGAAACACGUUCUGCUCCGUCGCUUGUUACAGUCACAGCAGAGGGGCCAGGACCUCAGCCCCUCGCCCGCAUGAUUCUUCUCUUCUGGCUUCUCCUGGCUGCGGGGGAGGGAGGCGUUGAGUUGAGCACGUUGGGAAGGAGCAGCCAGGACACCAUGAGACGCGUAAGCCAGCAGCCCAUUGGUCUCCCCGUCCGUGCUGCUGCUUGGGGAGGUGGAUCCCAAACGACGGCCCGCGGGAGUUAGCACCGAUGGUGUCACUUCCGUCUUGGAAUUUCCCCUGCUUCCCUCCAACAGGUGACUUCAGGUUAGAGCGGUGGUGUAGGGCGAGAAGGGGACUCGCUUCUUGGGGCCACGCGUCCAAACUGCCUGCCAAGGCUGGUGCCGAGGGGUACUGUGUUUCCAGUCUCUAGUGUCAUAGGUACGAGCGAGCACACGUGUGUGCCCAUGCGAGCACACGCUAGGAGUAACACGGGCACACACCUCGGCCACAGGAGAGCUCCUUGUUUUAGGCUCUCCUGGAGGUGCUCGUGCGGUGCCCACCAACGCAGGUGGGGGCUCCGAGGGCUAGUAUAGCUCAUGGGCCAUGGGGUUUGACAAACUAAACAGUAGCUGGCUCCAUGCGGGUAGCAGACCCCGUCGUGCUGCUCCGCUGGCCACGCGGGCAAACAUCGGGCUGGGCUGGGACCGAGAACUGCCUAACGCAGCCUCCAUCUGCGCCCCACAAGUGCCCACUCCUUGCCUCGUAGCAGCCUCUGCCCUCCUCUGAUUUGUUCCGCGGUCUCAUGCCGGGAGUAUCCCUGGCAGCUAACUGUGACCUUCCCUGGUGGAGGGGGGACCCGCACUGACUGAGCCCAUGUUCCUCUCCGCACCCAGGCUGCUCCUAUCGCUGCUGCUCUCAGCUCUCCUGGAGCCAGGACUUGGCCUCCCGACCCUUUGAUUGGCAGCAGCAGGAAGGAAAAGGCAGGAGAAAAGCACUCGGUGCACGAUAUCUCGACCUUUCCGGAGGGAAGCCUCAGCAGGGUGACCGUGUUAAUCUGCAUCUGCAAAACCAAGGAGUCGCCCUGGGGCACCUUAGAGAUGAGCAUCCGCUUUGGUGGGUAGAAGCCACUUCAUCAGAUGGAUUGGAGUGGACGUGGCAGACGCGGGGGUGGAUACACAAGGAAGAGGUGGAAGUGUGUAAUUCACAGCAUUUGAUCUGGAGGGGAAAUUGCCAGACCAAAUGUUGUGAAUGAGCCACUUCUCCCCUGACUUUGAUGAGCUUCAUUAACACAAGCAACAUCUUCCUUAUAUACACCCCUCUGCUUCUGUCACUUCUACUCCAGUCUGUCUGGUAAAGUGGGUUUUACCCACCGAAGCUGAUGCUCUAGUAACGCUGGUAGUCUCGAAAGUGCCAAAGGCUCCUCGUUUUUCCACAGGGAGAGAGGCUGGCUCACUCCUGAGGGGUCUGCAAAGCCAGGACCCCCUUACUGGCCCCAUUUGUGACGGUGUGGGCCUCAGCUUCCCAGGACCCAUGAGCCAGGGGUGGAACCUGGGCCCAGGACCACAGGCUGUAAUGGGAUGUGGCAAAGUGAGAGAGGAUGGAUGUAAAGCGCUUUCUGCAGCCUCUGACAGUCUGUCCCCAUCGCAUCAGGGUGUCUUAGGCUCAGCUUAGCUCACGAGGAAACAGAUCUGAGCGCUGCAACCUCACGUGGGCAGCGGGGUGGAGACGGGUACCCUAGGAACAAACCACCCAGCCAGGUGCGCGUUGACAAAAGGAAUCAUUGGAACAGUCCCCAAAUGCUGAUGGGUUUUAGCCUGCACUUUACAAGAGGGGAGUGGUACGUACCAAGCCCGCUCUGUCGAACACAAGCGCGGUCACUGGGUGGCGCUGGAGAGCGAGUCGGGAGAGACACUCCCAUUUUUAAACCGUUCUUUUACCUUUUGUUACUGACAAAAGAGGGAAACCCUGUAGGUUCCCAGUUUUAUUUUUGCAUGAAAUUCUGUAUACUUUCCCAGGGGUUGGGAGGUGGGGGGGAAUGGGUAUUUCCUGGGCGGGGGAGGGAGGAGGAUCAGGGAGGGGAUAUUUCCGAGUUGUCUUUGGCCCUCCUUUCGAUCUCGUUGAACCCAGUCGCUUUGGGUUGUAUUCAAAGAUCCUUUAUCACUAACAAUGUAUGGUCCUGUUGAACUAAACUGCUAAUAAAAUGGGGCUCUCUGUUUGUA